CAUUUUACCCGUCGGGUCGGUUGAAGCGGAAAACCGAUGAUCGCUUUACCCGUCGCUUUGCCGCCUCUUUGUCUGCGUUGAAACGACCACCUCCUCCGCCGUCGCCGGUGACCGACGAUGGUUUCAGGUUCCGAGAGCUCUACUCUCCUCUCCCGGGAGUAAUUUCCAUUCAAUCACCGAAACCCUAAUAAGCUCAUCAGACCGAGAAGGACUACAAGGCAUCAGCUCCUCCAAUUCGACAAUGUUCUCUAUUGCAGCUAUCAAUGACACAGACUCCAGACGCCAGUGGGAGCCCUUGGCUCCCGCUAAGGAAGCUCAGGAAUUUCAUCUUUCACAAACUUACCAUGAAGGACUUGUCAAGUUACAUGCUAAAGAAUAUGAAAAAGCCCGUGAACUAUUGGAAUCAGUCCUAAGAGAUCCCUUGAUUUCUAGCGCGCAGGUGGAUAAUAGUGCAAGUGACAAUCAUCUUUUGCAACUCAGAUUUUUGGCUCUGAAGAACCUUGCAAACACCUUCCUGCAGCAAGGUUCUGCACAUCAUGAGAAUGCCUUACAGUGCUAUCUUCAAGCCGUAGAAAUCGAUGGCAAAGAUUCUGUUGUUUGGAAUCAGUUGGGAACAUUAUCAUGCUCAAUGGGCUUACUCAGCAUCUCUCGCUGGGCUUUUGAACAAGGGCUGUUGUGCAGCCCUAGCAAUUGGAAUUGUAUGGAGAAGCUAUUGGAGGUUCUCAUUGCUAUAGGCGAUGAAGUUGCAUGUCUCUCUGUGGCAAAAAUGAUUCUGAGGCAUUGGCCAUCACAUUCUCGUGCUUUGCAUGUCAAAAAUGUGAUUGAAGAGUCAGAGAUUGUCCCUUUUGCUCCUAGAGGGAUAGAUAGGCUGGAACCGAAACAUGUUCGGCUUAAAUUUCCUGACAAGAGAAAAGCUACUGAUGAGUUUGCCGAUGAUGCUCCUCUCAAGAGAGCGAAAACAAAGGUAGAGCUGCUUCUUCCAGAGACCUCUUGGUGUGCUCUUGCAGGGAGUCUUCUGAGCAUUUUAGCCCCUAUGAGUAAUUGUGCUUCUGACAUGACCGAAAAGGACUUGAGAUCUGGAGAUAUCCAAUUAGAUAUCAAACUGCCCUCUUCUUCCGAAAACCCUAUCUUGGCUUUAGAAGAUGGGGGGCUUAGUGUAUAUCGUGUUAGUGAAGAUUUGUCUCAAGGCGAUUUUAGUGCUGAAAGAGAAACUGUUUUUAAGGACAAAUUAGUGGCCUCUUCAGAGGAACAGCCACAGGAAAGGCGAAGCACCCGCCUUGAGAGGCUGAGGAGUCGUAAACCAGGGAAGGAAGAGUCGGACUACACUACCACCAAAGAUCAAGCAGCUGUGAUCAAAUUUCUGGAGCCUUUUAUUGCCAGUGCAUUUGGAGGAGACAGAGAGUCUGAUGAAGCUGCUAGAGAUUGUUCUAAAUGUCAUGGACAAACUAAUUCAUCUGAGGCAGAAUGCAGCCUGAUUGCAAAAUUUGUGCGGGAAAGUUCAGGAAAUCUUGGUGCUUACCAUGUUUCUCAUUUACUCUUGCAAGAGGCUGCAAGGAGGAGACUCACAUACCGAGAUGGAUAUAUCAGAUUCUUGGACUUAGACAAGUUGACUAGGGACUGGAGGCAGGAGAGGACCCCUGAAUGUAGUCUUUUUCUGGCUGAGCUGUAUUAUGACUUUGGGUUGACUUCUGAUGAUGCUUCUAAGCUGUCUGAUUUUUUAUCCGAAUCAUCUUAUCAUUUGUGCAAAGUAAUUGAAUCAGUUGCUCUCGAACAUCACCUCAGCACUUCUUGUGCUGUGAAUUUUGAGAGUUCCUCUUCCCUAAGUAACCCAGAGAUGAUCAACUCGUUUGUAAACAAUGAGAGCCCCUUCUGGGUUAGGUUUUUCUGGUUAAGCGGACGGCUCUCAGUCAUGGACAAUAACAAGGCUAAAGCUCACAAGGAAUUCUCUAUUUCCUUGUCUAUCUUGUCCAAGAAGAAUGAUGAAUAUGAUUCCUUUUUGGUCCCUAUGCCUCAUUGCAAAACUAUCAAAGAGUUAACCCUUGAGAGGGUUUUGUACGAAAUUAACAUGCUGAAGGUUGAUUUUCUGAUGGAGAAAGAUUCUGUUGAAAUGAUGGGGAAAGAGAUGUACAUGGACUGUAUCAGCUUGCUCGCUCCCCUUCUUUUCUGUACAAAGGAUGUUUACCCAGAUGUUUCAUUAUUACCUGUAACUGCAGGUAGAAAAUCUGAAAAGAUUGCAUCUGUUGAGCUAUUGGCAUUAGACUUGCUAAUCAAAGCUGGUGAAAAGACAGAUCCAGAGGAUCUUGAGCUCUGUUUGAAUUGUCAUCAAAGAAAGCUGCAGAUACUGAUCGGUGCUGCUGGAACAGGUGAAUUUCCUGUUUCACAGAAACUCUUUGUCCAGCAAUUGGGAUCUACAGCUUCAGAAAUAGAAUUAAGAGGGAGCUCAGACAAGCAGUGGAUCUGCCUGGUUGCUGAAGAAGUAAAGGCAAUCUCUCAAUGUGUCUCAAAAGUCAAGAACCAUAUUGAUCAAUCUGGAGAUCUUAAGGGGAAUAUCAUCCCCCCAAAAAGCAUUCGUGACAUGCAGUCUUUGCUGCUAGCAGCUAUGUGCAAAAUAGUGAGCAUGCUUUCCAAUAAGAAGUCUGCUGGGUCUCUACCUGUCGAUCUUAAUGAACAAAAGCAAAGAAGUUGCUUUGUUAGUGCGGCCAUUGCUUUCUGCAAACUUCAGCACCUCGACCCCUCUAUAACCAUUAAAACUCAAGUUGAUUUGAUAGUGGCAAUGCAUGAUUUGCUCGCUGAAUAUGGGCUCUGCUGUGCGGGAGAAGGCGUUGGUGAAGACGAGGAGGGUACAUAUCUUAAAUUUGCAAUAAAACAUCUCCUGGCUUUGGACAUGAAGCUUAAAUCUAGCGUUCCAUCUUCAAAUGAAGAUGCAACUCAGUCAAAUCAGCAGCCUUCUGAAGAUGGUCAUUUGGAAUCAAAUUCACGAACAACAGAUCUAGAGAUGGUUCCUGCAGAAGCCCAUGCUGCAGAAAAUGUUGUUCCCGGAGAAGAUGAUUCAUCUUCUAAAAUCGAGGAGAAGGAUCAUAUGGAUGUUGGAUGUCAAAAGAGGGUUGGUGGUGGGCAUGACAGAAAGGAUGGAGUUGAUAAUAAGUCAGUGGAAUGUGGGGGUGAAAUGUCUGAAGAUGAAAGGGAGGAACUUGAGUUACAGAUUGAUAAUGCAUUGGACCAGUGUCUUUUCUGCUUGUACGGCCUAAACCUGAGAUCUGAUUCAACCUAUGAGGACGAGAUAGCCAAUCACAGGAAUACCAGUCGUGGAGAUUAUCAGACAAAAGAACAAUGUGCGGAUGUUUUCCAGUAUAUUCUCCCCUAUGCAAGGGGCUCAUCUAGAACUGGCCUCGUGAAACUCCGCCGAGUUCUAAGAGCAAUCCGCAAACAUUUUCCUCAACCACCAGAAGACGUUUUAGCUGAUAGUGUCAUAGAUAAAUUCUUGGAUGAUGCUGAUUUAAGUGAAGAUAAACUCUCAGAGGAAGCCGGGUCUGAUGGGUUUCUUCAUACCAUGACAAAGAUUUUAUUCUCUACCAAAGGAAGCAUCAAGCAAUACAAGAAGUCAUUAGUUGCGAGCUCUGGGCCAUAUAUGGAUGUUUAUUGCAACUUGUUCUUUUACAUGGCACAGUCUGAGGAAAUGAGUGCCACGGAUAAAUGGACAGGCUUUGUUCUUGCUAAGGAAGGGGAAGAGUUUGUGCAACAAAAUGCGAACCUCUUUAAGUAUGACUUGUUGUACAAUCCUUUACGAUUUGAGAGUUGGCAACGACUUGCAAAUAUUUAUGAUGAGGAGGUAGACUUAUUACUAAAUGAUGGCAGUAAGCACAUAAAUGUUGCGGGGUGGAGGAAAAAUGCUUCAUUACCGAUGAGAGUAGAGACGAGUCGAAGAAGAAGCCGGCGGUGUCUAAUAAUGAGUUUGGCUUUGGCUAAGACACCAGAUCAGCAGAGCGAAAUUCAUGAGUUGCUGGCGCUAGUGUACUAUGACAGCCUUCAGAAUGUGGUACCAUUUUAUGAUCAGCGAUCAAAUCUUCCAAUAAAAGAUGCAGUGUGGAUGAGAUUUUGCGAGAACUCUCUUAAACAAUUCCAGAAAGCUUUUGCAAAGAAAGAAGACUGGUCACAUGCAUUUUACAUGGGAAAGCUCUCUGAAAAGCUGGAAUACUCGCACGAAAUGUCCUUAUCUUACUAUAAUAAGGCCAUUUCUUUGAAUCCAUCAGCAGUGGAUUCAGUCUAUAGGAUGCACGCUUCGCGCUUAAAGUUACUCUGUAAAUAUGGAAAAGAAGAUCUGAAGGUCUUAAAGGUUGUUUCUGGUUACUGCUUUAGUCAAACAGUGAAAGCUGCUGUUGCUGAGAUUCUUUGUAAAAUCGGUUGUGAAGUUUCGCCCGCAUCAAUGGAUUUAAAAGAGAUGAUUGCUCAGAAGAAUUUGGAGGGGAGAUGUGAGAAAUCCAAACAGCUGGAAGAGGUGUGGGAAAUGCUUUAUACUGACUGCUUAUCUGCCCUUGAAACUUGUGUCGAGGGUGAUCUAAAGCACUUCCACAAGGCAAGAUAUAUGCUUGCUCAAGGUUUCUAUAAAAGGGCUCAGAAGGGUGAUUUGGAGAGAGCAAAAGAUGAGCUCUCCUUCUGUUUCAAAUCAUCUCGGUCUUCCUUUACAAUAAACAUGUGGGAGAUUGAUGGAAUGGUUAAGAAAGGAAGACGCAAGACACCUGGUGUGGCUGCGAAUAAGAAAGUCCUCGAAGUUCAUUUGCCGGAAAGCUCUCGGAAGUUCAUUACUUGUAUCAGGAAAUAUUUAUUGUUUUACCUGAAACUAUUGGAGGAGGCUAAAGAUAUCCAUACGCUUGACAAGGCCCUUAUAUCUAUAAGAGCAGAUAAAAGAUUCUCUUUAUGCAUUGAGGAUCUUGUUCCAAUUGCACUUGGAAGAUACAUUAAAGCCUUAGUGGCAUCAAUGCUCCAACCCAGAAGUGGUGCUGGAACCAAUUCAGAGCACAUACUGGAGAAGCUGUUUGCUCUGUUUAUGGAUCAAGGAUAUUUGUUUGCUGAUGUUUGCAGCCUACCGGACAUGAAGUGCAGCGGGAUUUCAGAAAGCAGCCUAUAUGGGUGUCUCCACCAGCACAUUUGUAAUCUAGAGAGAAAUGGAAAGCUUGAAACUAUUGAAGCAAUCAACGAGAAAGUCCGGAAGCGUUUCAAAAACCCGAAGCUAUCGAACAGUAGCUGUGCCAAAGUCUGCAGGCAUGCUUCUGUGUCAUGGUGCCGGUCCCUUAUUAUUUCCUUGGCAUUGAUCACACCAUUACAAUCUGAGCAAUCAGUUGAAGCACAAAACCACAAUGCAUCAGAAAAUGCAUCAGAAAAUGCCCAGAGGCUCCUGUAUGUCGAUCUUCAAACAGAUGAGUUCUGGAAUUCUUCAUUCGAGGACUCAACCCAGCUGAAGCAAGUGGAGACAAAGUGGAUUCCUGUAUUAAACAAGAUCAAGAAUACAGCAAUCUGGAAAGCUUCAGAUCAGAAUUUAGAUUCUGCAAACACUCUUCUGAGAUGUGCUUACAACUUUUUUAGGGAAAGCUCGUGUGUAACUCUCCCAACAUGGGUUAAGCUUUACUUGGCUCCAAAGGGGGUAGCUCUGGAACCGCAACUUAAAACGGCAAUAGACGGAGGAGUUGAGGUCCUUGAUGUUAGCCUUCCAAGAAAGCUUCUGUUAUGGGCCUACACACUGGUCCAUGGGCAUUGGGCCCACAUUUCAGCUGUCUUAAAGUACUGUGAAGAGAACAUCAAGCCUAAAUUGAAAAAAGGAGCAGUUGCCAUAAGCUCACACUCAAGUGCAAGCACACCGUCUACUGCCAUCACAAGUAAAGGCGCUGGAAAGGAUGGUGCUGUUCAUGGUGGGGGCAACGAACCAGAGCCUGCUGCAGUUACAACAGCUUCAGCUCCUGGAGAGAGGAGCAGUCUUGUAUCGUCUCGUGAGGGGGAAGAUCGAGAAAGAAGUUCAAAUUCUGGUCCAGCCCAUACGGAGGUCUGAAUGAAGGCUGACUGAGGUAAUACGAUGCUGACUGCUAAGAUAAUGUUUUGUAAGCGUGUGAAUAGACAGCCUGCGAAAUCUUCAUGUUUUUUUGUCCUUCUUUAGUGAUGUGUUAGAUAUUACAUUAGAUUACAUGUCGUGAAGAAGUAAUGUGAGGAUCCUUCUCUAGGAAGAAUGAUUUAUCAGAUAGAAAAAUUGAUUAAAAUUUCCGGCUUUAUAGUGUUAAAAAUUUUGUAUAAGCCAGUUUGGUGUAAUCAUAAUUCCUUCAUUUGGUUGUUGUUUGGGGCCAAAA